AUGGUUUAUCAGAAGAUGGAAGCGCUCGUGAAUCAUAUGCUUGACGCAGAAUCCGGUGUUCCAAUCAAGACCGUCAAAAGCUUCCUCUCUAAGGUGCCAUCCGUCUUCACGGGUCAGGAUCUCAUAGCAUGGAUUAUGAAGAGCUUGGAUAUGUCCGACCUUUCCGAUGCUCUCCAUCUUGCACAUCUCAUCGCAUCGCACGGUUACCUUUUUCAAAUAGACGAUCAUGUUCUUACGGUGAAAAACGAUGGGACGUUCUAUCGGUUUCAAACUCCUUACUUCUGGCCGUCUAAUUGCUGGGAACCCGAAAACACUGAUUACGCGGUCUAUUUGUGCAAGCGAACAAUGCAGAACAAGGCGCAUUUGGAGUUGGAGGAUUUUGAAGCCGAAAAUUUAGCGAAGCUCCAGAAGAUGUUUAGCCGAAAGUGGGAGUUUGUGUUCAUGCAGGCUGAAGCACAGUAUAAGGUUGAUAAGAAGAGAGAUCGACUGGAACGGCAAAUUCUAGACAGCCAAGAAAGAGCUUUCUGGGACGUACAUCGACCAGUUCCAGGAUGUGUGAACACUACUGAGGUAUGUAUAGGUUGA